AUGGAGGAUUCGGGAAUCCAGCGAGGCAUCUGGGAUGGAGACGCCAAGGCUGUGCAACAAUGUCUAACAGAUAUUUUUACCAGUGUUUAUACAACCUGUGACAUCCCGGAGAAUGCUAUAUUCGGUCCCUGUGUUCUCAGCCACACUUCUUUAUAUGACAGCAUAGCUUUCAUAGCGCUCAAGUCUACGGACAAGAGAACAGUACCCUAUAUCUUCCGGGUAGACACCUCGGCUGCGAAUGGCUCCUCAGAAGGUCUCAUGUGGCUUCGCCUGGUCCAAUCAGCCAGAGACAAGGAAGAGCAGAACCUCGAAGCGUAUAUCAAAAACGGACAGCUGUUUUACCGCUCUCUCCGCAGGAUUGCCAAAGACGAGGAGUUACUAGUUUGGUACGGGAAAGAACUGACUGAGUUACUCUUGCUCUGCCCCUCUAGAUCCCACAGCAAAAUGAAUGGGUCGUCCCCCUACACAUGCCUGGAAUGCAGCCAACGUUUCCAGUUUGAGUUCCCUUACGUGGCGCACCUGCGUUUCCGCUGCCCCAAGAGACUUCACAGCGGCGACCUGAGUCCCCCGGACGAACAAGGCGGCGGCCUGGGCACCAAGGACCACGGGGGCGGCGGCAAAGAGCAGCAGCAGCCGCCGCCGCAGCCACAGCAGCAGCCACAGGAGGCCUCGCUGGGUCCCAAGUUCUGCAAAGCCGGGCCCCCCAUCCACCACUACCCGGCCCCCUCCCCGGAGAGCAGCACCCCAGCCGCCAACGCCGGCGGCGCCAGCGCGAAGCCAUCCACGGACUUCCACAACCUCGCUCGGGAACUGGAGAACUCGCGGGGAGGCAGCAGUAGCUGCUCCCCGGCCCAGAGUCUGGGCAGCGGCGGCGGCCCCGGCCACCAGGAGGCGGAGCUGAGUCCCGACGGCAUCGGCGCGGGCGGCGGCUGCAAAGGGAAGAGGAAAUUCCCGGAGGAGGCCGCGGAGGGGGGCGGCGGUCCGGGGGUGGUAGGGAGCCGGGCCCGCUUCGCCGAGCGGCCCCUGCCAGCCUCCAAGGAGGACUUGGUGUGCACCCCGCAGCAGUACCGCGCGUCGGGCAGCUACUUCGGGCUGGAAGAGAACGGGCGCCUGUUCGCGCCGCCCAGCCCGGAGACGGGCGAGGCCAAGCGCAGCGCCUUCGUGGAGGUGAAGAAGGCGGCGCGCCCCGGCGGCCUGCAGCCCGACGACGCCACCGCCGACGGCGGGGCCCCCGCGGCCGAGGACAAGGACGCAGGCGGCGGCGGCGGCUCCUCCACGCCCGCCACUGCGUCCCCCGCGGGCACCGAGAAGCUGCUGGCCCCGCGCCCCGGCGGGCCUUGCCCCGCGUUGCCCAGCCGGCUGGAAGGCGGCAGUCCCGCGCGGGGCAGCGCCUUCACGUCGGUGCCGCAGCUGGGGGGCUCGGGCGGCGGCGCUGCCGGGGGCGGGGCGGGCGCCGGGGGCGCGGCCGGCGGCCAGGGCGCCGCGUCGGACGAGCGCAAAAGCGCCUUCUCGCAGCCCGCGCGCUCCUUCUCGCAGCUGUCCCCGCUGGUCCUGGGCCAGAAGCUGGGUGCGCUGGAGCCGUGCCACCCAGGCGACAGCGUGGGGCCCACCAGACUCUACCCAGCCGCCGCCGAUCCCCUGGCCGUGAAGCUGCAGGGGGCGGCGGAGCUGAACGGCGGCUGCGGGGCCCUGCCGAGCGGCGGGGGCGGCCUGCCCAAGCAGAGCCCCUUCCUCUACGCCACCGCCUUUUGGCCCAAGAGCUCGGCGGCCGCGGCGGCGGCGGCGGCGGCGGCGGCCGCGGCGGGGCCCCUGCAGCUGCAGCUGCCCUCGGCGCUCACGCUGCUGCCGCCCUCCUUCACCUCGCUGUGUCUGCCCGCGCAGAACUGGUGCGCCAAGUGCAACGCCUCCUUCCGCAUGACCUCCGACCUGGUGUACCACAUGAGAUCGCACCACAAAAAGGAGUACGCCAUGGAGCCCUUGGUGAAGCGGCGGCGGGAGGAGAAACUCAAGUGCCCCAUUUGCAACGAGUCCUUCAGGGAGCGCCACCACCUCUCCAGGCACAUGACCUCGCACAAUUGA